AUGUCAAAUCCGGAGGUGAUAGACCUUAUAGAUAGCGAUGGUGAUGAUACCAUUGAAGUUAUUUCAGAACAUCAUAAUAAUAAUAACAGAGAUAAUUUACCUUUAUCCCAACUUCAUAGACCUCAACAAAGAAACGUGAUACGGCUAGGUAGUACUGGAAAUGCUGAAGAUGAUGAUGAUGGAGUAGAGAUUGUGGAAGAAAGGAUCGAUUUGCAAGCUAGAAGAAGACAACAAGAAAGAGAAAGAGAAAGACAAUCUACAACACCAGGUUAUAUGAUACAUGUUCCAGGUGGUCCAAUACCCGCGUUCACAAAUGAAGGUUCAGCUGAACCUGAAAGAAGGUCAUUCCAAAAUGCAAGAGGUCCAGAAACAGGAUUACAUUAUAGACGACCAGCGUUCCCAGCUUCAAGUGAUGAUGCUAUAAGAAAUAGACAGCGUGAAGAACGUUUAAUACAUCAAGGAAUAUUAAGGAACCGAAAUCCAAUAUUUAGAGAUCCAAGACACUUGCCAGUACCGCAUACACCGCCACUUCGCAAUAUUAGACAAAGAAAUAAUACAUCACAAAGAGGACCAAUACUGCGGAAUGGCUCAAGAAUAAAUUUUCAAUGGGGUAAUCUUGGAAAUUUAUUAUUUGGAGAUGAUGAUGAUGACUUUGAUCCAACUUAUCGACCUGGAAUGAUACCUCCACAAUUCUUGGGAUAUCCCGCUGGAUUCCAACAGUUUUUGGCAGGUGCUGGUGCUGGUUUUGGUGCUGGAGGUGAUAAUGGAGGUGUUGAUCAACAUAUAAUGAAUUUAAUUGAACAACGAGAAAAUCAAGAAGCUGAUAAAAAAAGAUCUAUUAAUGAAAAUGAAGCAUCAAAAUAUCAAAGACUUUGUAAUGAAAAGAUUAAAACUAUUAAAACACCAUUUUCAAAUAAAUUAGAUCCUGAAGAAGAAUAUGUUUGUUUAUUAUGUGGUGUUACAUUAGGUGAAGGUAUACCCAAAGAUUUUAAUGGAAAUAUUGAAAAUAUCAAAUUACCUAUAUUACAAGAACAAAAUGAUGUUAAUGCGCCAUAUCAAGCUGUUAAUUUAGUAACGGAUGCUGAUCGUGAUUUAUCAAAAAGAAUAUUUAUGUCAACUUGUGGUCAUACAUAUUGUGGACGUUGUGUUAAAAAUAUAAGUACGGUUAAAGAAACAUUAAAAGAAUUGAAGAGAAAUAAAAUAAUUUGGAAAAGAAAUGAUCAAAAUAUCAAAAAUCCAUUUCUUUAUGCUCCAGGUAAAUGUUGUGCACCUGAUUGUGGUGUUGGACUUUGUGCUAGAAGGAGAUUUACUGAAGUUUAUAUAUAG